AUGCAUGCUUUAAUUGUUCUUUCUUUGCUUGCUGCUGCGCAAGCAGAUGUGGGCGGCUACAAUUAUGCAGCCGGUACAAGCAGCGGAAAUAUAGGAGGUAGUUCUCUAUCUGGUGGAUCCCUUUCCAGUGACUCACUCUCUGGUGACACUCUGUCUAGUGGGAGUAGCGGUGGCUCACUGGACUCCUCCAGUAGUGGCGAAUAUGCGCCAAUCGAUACGGAGUUCAACAAAGAAUUUUUCACCUACAGCGCACCAGAAGCCGAUUUUGAGGACACCAAGAGUGUUGGUGACUUGGCUGCUUCACUGAAGAAGAAUCUGCGUGUUGUCUUCAUCCGUUCGCCCGAAAACAAGGGUCUAGAGAAUGCCGCACUCGCACUGGCCAAGCAAGCAUCUGAGCAGCAAACGGCUAUCUAUGUGCUCACUAAGCAAGGUGACCUCUCCAGUCUGGCCAAUAAGCUGCAGAAUCUCAAUCAUGUGAGUGCCAGCAAGCCGGAGGUGCAUUUCGUCAAGUAUCGCACGCCCCAGGAUGCGAUUAACGCUCAGCGCACUAUUCAGCAAGAAUACGACCGCCUGGGUGGCUCCUCACAAUCCCACAAUGGCGGCAUUGCGCCCGUGCUUGAUUUCACUUCGAAGCAGGUGCAGCAGCCACGACAACAACAACAGCAUCAACAAUUCCUACAAUCUGCACCCUUCUCCUUGAGUGCCACCGACGGCAGAAUCAGCUCUACUGGUGUUGCUGGUGAGCUGGAGGCGUCAGCGGCUUAUAUACCACCACCACCACCAGACACGCCCCAGGCCACCUAUUUACCCGUGCAGAAGGUCAAAUAA